AUGACGAGGAUUCCGGCAUGCCCACCGGCCACCACGCGGGAACUGCAAAACUUUGUAACGUCGCGUCAGGCCCGAGCUCCCGAUAUAGGGCCCGACAUCUUAUCGACAUGGAUCCUCCCUCGGCCACAGAAGAGACCUCAUUCCCAGGUUCGCUAUGAGCAGCGGCGGAAGAAGCGUCGCCUCGCCAGAGAGAAAGGCAUCGAGGAAGAGCCCAAGGACGAGGACUUGUUCGUCAUGACCAUGAACGUCAUGCACAGUCGCCUCCGGCUCAAGCGCCUUGUUCAAGAUCAGCUUGAGGCUGUCCACCCUGCCGACAUCAUUUCUCUACAGGAUGUUCCGCAAUCUCUUCCAUCAAUGCGUCUGUCCGGCUAUAAUCUCGCCUAUCACUCGGACCGAGUCAUCGAAAAGGGCGAGGAUGGCCAGCCUGUUUUGGACGACAAAGGCCGACCCAAGGAGAUCAUGGAGCUGCGAUACGUCGCCUUCUUGGUUCGCACCUCGAUACCACUGGCCAACUGGAGGGCCUUCUGGGACGAGGGCGCGAACAAGGGCCUCCUGGCUACUGCGGUUCUCGAGACGGAUUACGGCCCAAGAACCAUCUUGAAUCUCUACAAUCACCUAGAGAGGGCGAACUUUGACGAGAUCCCUUUCGAAGACGGUGUCAUUUUCUGCGGGGACAUUAACGCUCACGACCCACUUUGGGGCGGCGAGAAGACGGAGCAGAAUUCCUCCGGUAAGAAGGCCAGACAACGACUGGACGCGGCCGAGAUGAUCAAUGUUGGGCCCCGUGGUGUCCCUACUUACUACGGUGGCGAUGCCAAUACGACAAUCGAUGUCAUCUGUCUUGGCAAGAGCGCUCACUCGUUCUUCAAGCGUAGCGAGGUGUUGGACCACAGAGACUUUCAGAGGGAUCAUCGCCCCUUGCUUGUCGUGCUGCAUGGGGGCCCUCAUCGGGAUGACAGCAUUCGCUACCUCUGGAGAAAGGUCUCAGAGCAAACCCUCGCUUACACCAUUCCUCGGUACCUCAAGCUUCUCGGCAACCCACCUCUCAACACUCAGGCUGAUAUCGACCGUCACAUCGCCAGGCUUCUGCGUUUACUCUCCGCCGCCAUCGCGGACUGCGUCCCAACCGUCAAACGAAAUCCUUUUCGCCCAAACACAGUAAAACGCACUGUGACUUCAGCCAUGCAACGUGACAUGGCACUAGAGCGCAAAGCUGCUCGUGCACUGUCACGCCUAUGCCCAAGGGACAGAGGAUACAAGAAGACGGUGCGUCGGUACGAAGCUCUCCGCCGAGGAUUGGAUGUGUUUAACACCCUCAAGCAAGGUGUUCGUUGGGCAACCAAGACAGAGCCUGCUCACUCGCCACCCUUGCAGAACCCCGACGGAACGUUGUGCGAGUCGGAUGCGGAAAAUGCAGCAUGCUUCAGAGAGACUGUCUGGGGCCCGGCGACGAGCACAAACCCUUCUCCCUUGGAACGGCCGGUCGAAGACCCUUCCAGACCACAGCAUUUUUCUCCACAACAUCUUCGUCAAGGCGACCUCAAGUGGGCUCUAGAGGCCGCACCCACUGGCAAGGCAUGCGGCCCUGAUCAGGUUGCUGUCGACGUCUUCAAGAAGUGUCCAGGCGUCUUUCACAAUCACUUGACCCGUAUCAUGAACGCGUGUCUCCGGUUGGAAUACCACCCAGAUGAAUUCAAGCGGUCGAUAACUGUCGUGCUACGGAAGCCCGACAGGACGGACUUUUCUCUUCCUAAGAGUUGGCGUCCUGUUGCGUUGCUUUCGUGCCUUGGGAAGCUCCUGGAGAGGGUUGUUGCGAAGCGGAUUCAGGAGCUUGCUGUGAAGCACAGACUCAUCCCCCGGAUGCAAUUUGGGUUUCCUGGACGCUGCACCACCAAGUGCAUUGAGUCUCUUUUGUCCCCGGUCUACAGAGGCUUUUGCGUCAAGACCAGGAACAGGAAGAAGUGGAGGUCGACACUCCUCAGUCUCGACAUAUCAGGCGCCUACGACCACGUCAAUCGUCCCGAACUCCUUCGGAUCCUGGUACGUAAGGGCAAGCCCGAUUGGAUUGUCAAUUUCAUUUGGUCCUUCCUUUCUGACAGGAGGACAAUGCUCCGGUUUCCCGGCUAUAAUUUCGAGCGGCUCCAUCCCGAUCUCAACGUCUUCGCCUUUUCCUACGUCGACGACUCUUAUAUCCUUGUCACAUCCAGGACAUUUAAGGAGAACUGCGAAAUUCUCGAGAUGUAUCACGAGCAGGUUAUGGAGUGGGCAACUCCCAAUGGCAUUCGGUUCGAUCCUGGGAAGUACAAGGUGAUGCACUUCACUCGUAAUGAGAAAUGCGACUUGUGCCCUAAGAUUUCUGGUCUGACUGUCAAACACGUCAUCAACAACUCAGUCGACCCAGAGGCUCCGAAGCACCUUCGAAUUCUUGGCGUCAUGGUGGAUCCGGCGUUGAAGUGGGAUGCCCACAUUGCCAACCUUGAGUCCAAAGUGAAGAAGAAGCUGGGUUUUCUGAAGCGGAUCUCUAGCUCCGUCAUGGGUCCUAACCUCAUCGAUAUGCGAAGGCUGUACAUCACGAGCGUGCGACCCAUCAUCACCUACGCCUGUGCUUGCUGGUUCGUUCUCGCCGAUGGCAAGGGUCAGCAAUUCCGAAUCACAAAGAAGCUCAUCGCGCGCCUGGAUCGGCUUCAGCGCGAAUGCCUUGUGAACAUCUCUGGUGCCUACAACCAAACACCAGUCAUGGUCCUGCAGAAGGAACUCAACAUCGAGCCGAUAGAAGUCGCGCUCCACCGGAUCGCCAUGGCCCAUCGAGUCCGCAACACCAACACUCUGGAGGGGGAGAGGAUGCUGAAGGUUGCGCGCCGUCCCUUUCACCGCAUGCGGUCCUUUGCGUGCUUUGAUCUACAUCCAUAUUGGGUGGCAUAUCAACAGGCUGGGCUCGUUCGUGAUGAGAUUGUGCAACACUACGGGCUGGAACGUUCCGUUCGUCUGGGGCGAAACGUCGCAGGAUGGUUCAAUCAGUACCUUCGCCAACAGGGUCUUCUCAGGAGCGCCUAUCUCUGGGCAGAGUUCGCUGAAGAGCAUGCUCUCAAAGCGCCUCGAACAUGCGGUUACGAGGCGGUGACUUACAUGGGAGAAUGGUGCACCAACAUUAUGAGCAUUCACAUGGGCAAGACCAGAGCUCAGUCAACCAUCCUCAUCCACAUGAGGACUGGCCACAAUGGGCUCAACUCGAAUCUGUACUCCAUUAACAAAGCUGAGACCAACAUGUGUCCCUGUGGCGAGGGCGAGCACACGGUGGAGCAUGUCUUAUUCGACUGUGUGAGCCUGGAGCGGCAGAGGAGGGAACUGUUACCCGCGGACUAUGGCAAAUGCGACGAUGAUCUGCGGCGGCUGAAGCUGAGGUAUCUCCUCACGCAGUGCGCGGGGCCGGUUUCGGCAUGGGCGUUGAAGCACUUUGAGCUUGAGCAGUUCUCGUGGACGAAGGAACAUCUUCCGAUCAGGACCAGGGCUUUUCCAUUUUCGUCUGGGACGAGGCAUCGUCGUGUAUGA